GUUAUUAAAUACAAAAUGUAUCAAACGCAGUCAGUAAUUCUGAUAUAAUAUUCAGGAAUUAAAUUGAUAAGUAAUCGCUGAAGUAAAAAAAAAAUAAUUUAAUGAAAACAUUUAUGUUAUAUAUUUAGCAAUUUUUUGAAAUUUGAGUAUUAUUUUACAAGAUUUUUAUUAAAAUUUAACCAACACUGUUGACAACGGUUAUUUUACUGACAAUGGUGUCAUAAUAUUUUGGCGCAAAGUUAAUGCUUACUUUGAAUUCGUGAUUCUGUUUUCUUAUGUAAAAUAUCUUUUAUUCAGGAUUGACCAUAUAAUAUUUAAAAAUGUCAGCUACAGCAACCACAGCUCCUCUUCAAGGAGAUGAAGAAUUUGAAGAAUAUAAUCCACAAGCAAAGUUAAUAAAAACUCUCGAAGGAAAUGGGAUAACAGCAGGAGAUAUAAAAAAAUUAGAGGAAGCCGGUUACUAUACUGUAGAAGCUGUAGCCUAUGCACCCAAAAAGCACUUACUUUCCAUUAAAGGCAUUAGUGAAGUUAAAGCAGAUAAGAUUUUGCAAGAAGCUUCAAAGCUGGUUGUAAUGGGUUUUAAAAGUGCCACUGAAAUUCAUCAGACAAGAUCAAAUAUUGUCUUUGUGACUACUGGUUCCAGUGAAUUAGAUAGAUUAUUAGGAGGCGGUAUAGAGACUGGUUCUAUUACAGAAAUUUUUGGAGAAUUUAGAUCAGGAAAAACACAGUUGUGUCAUACCCUUGCUGUCAAUUGUCAGUUACCUAUAGAUAUGGGUGGUGCAGAAGGAAAAUGUCUUUAUAUAGAUACAGAAGGAACUUUCAGACCUGAAAGAUUAAUUGCUGUUGCAGAAAGAUAUAAAAUUGCAGGAGAUUCUGUAUUGGACAAUGUAGCUUGUGCUAGAGCUUAUAAUACCGAUCAUCAAACUAAAUUAUUAAUUCAGGCUAGUGCUAUGAUGACAGAAUCCAGAUAUGCCUUGUUGAUAGUAGAUAGUGCAACUAGUUUAUAUCGAACUGAUUACUCUGGAAGAGGAGAAUUAUCCGCUAGGCAAACACAUUUAGCUAGGUUUCUUAGAAUGCUAUUGAGAAUAGCUGAUGAACAUGGUGUUGCUGUUGUUAUAACUAAUCAAGUUGUGGCACAAGUUGAUGGUGCAGCUAGUAUGUUUGGUGGGGAUCAAAAAAAACCAAUUGGUGGUAAUAUUAUAGCACAUUCAAGUACAACAAGAUUAUAUUUACGAAAAGGAAGGGGGGAAACUAGAAUAUGCAAAAUUUAUGAUUCACCCUGUCUGCCUGAAAGUGAAGCAAUGUUUGCUAUAAAUGCAGAUGGAAUUGGAGAUGUUAAAGAAUAACAUUAUAUUUUUUAUUUAUAAGUAUGUAUUUAUAUCUGUAAGAAAAGUUGUUUUUUUAAAUGUGCUUUCCUUAAAGCAUACAAGUAUUUUUGUAAUUUCAGAAAAAGAAUAAAAGAUCGAACGUACAAUAAA